UGUUUAUGUUAUGUAUGUCGGUGUUGGAUUAUUGUGUUGUGUUUGUUUGUAGAAGUUCUAUUGGUAUAAUAGCGUUGCUGUAGUUAAUUAUGAAUUAAUGUUGUUUUAGUAGGUUUUUGCCGUGGAUAAGUUAUUGAAUAAUUCUCAAUAAAGUACGCUACAAAACAUUCUUUGAAAAGGAUUUCAAGUUAAAGUAGGUAGCUAAAGAAUAAUAAAGGAAUUUAGACAAAUGAAGAAAACUAUAGCAGCAAAGAAGACGACUAAGACAAUACCGCCUCAGUCCCUCACUCAAAUUGCAGAUGGAAGUCGUAAAAUCCGAAAUUCAAUUGCUCCAAAUUUUAGUGAUCCUAGUCGUAGUGGCAGACCAAGCUCAAGACCUCCUCCCUUAUCAAGAAAGGCAUCCACACCUACCCAUGACAAAUCUGCAAGAACGGAUUCCCCAGAUGUCUCACGAAUCUUGCCAACCGAAGUACCUGCUACUGUUACAAGUAGAGUCAAACCAUCUAUUUCCUCAAAACGACCUUCAACUCCACCUCCAAAAACUCAUUCAAAUUCCGACAAUGACAUUAGUCUUGCUGAUCAACUGGACUUUGAGUACACCAGGUACAUACAGACCAUGUUCAAACGGAAACUAGCAGAAGCUAAAGUUUCCCAAGUGAAUAAUAAACUUGCAUCCAUGCAAAAAAGAAUCACAGAAGACCAAGAUGUUUUACAGAAAACAACAGAGAGGCUGAAAAAUAUAACCUUUAAUAAAGAAGUUGAAAUGCUGUAUAAAUUGAAAAACCCUAAUUAUGGUCGUGUUUUGGAAACUGCGGAUAAUACCAACUUCAAGGAGUAUUUAGAAACAGUGACCGAAAAGAUGGAAUCGAGUCAGAAUCAGUUGAAACUGAAAAACAUAGAGCUUCCAGAGGGUGGAGUCAAUGAGCUUUUUGAGGUGCUGAAGGAUACUCUGGCUGCUUGUGACAAGUUGAAAGCCAACAAAAAUCUUGAGGUUCCAAGAGUGAUUGAUGACAUCAAAGAAAACAACAUCAGCAUUCGUCCUACACUAACCAGCUCCUUGGAAAUGGUGCCUCAAGUUGAACAACUCAUCCUAGACAAAUUGACUUUGGAAUGUUUGCUAGAAGAUGAUUAGAUGAGCUAUCUAUUGUACCUCUUACACAUUGCUUUAUAUUUAUUAUUUCAAAAUAAAAAAGUUUGUUAUCUGGUU